CAUGUAAUUAUAUAAUGAAGUUGAAGUUUUUCGAUGCUAUUCAAUUUCAUUGGUAUGUUUUUAAUGGUCUAACUUCAUGGUUGUACCAACUUUUGAUGUACUGUUUAUGUUCCAAUAUAUUCACUUUGGUAUGAUUAUUAGGGAUAUGCUAGGCGGUACUCACCAUUAGACCAAUUUAGCUUAAUGGUUGAAUCUACGGGUUAUCCCAAUAAUUCAAUAUUCGGCUCAGCUCCUCCGACCAACGGGUCGGGUUACAAGCUAGUUGCUUAAUAAAGACUCUUGUAAUUGUGUUAGCUGGAUUUUGUUUUUGUUUUUUUACCAAUCCAAUUUAACCCAGGUCAACGUCUAGAAUAGAUACUGUCUUCGGAGAUGUCUCCCAACUCCCAAGCAUUGAUCCUUUGACUUGUCUAAUUGGGGGGUUUCACUCUAUUUAAGCUUUGCCUGGAACUGAUAAACUAAACUAUGAGACAUUUGUGAGGGCAGGAAUUCGAGAGAGAGAGAGAGAGCUCCCAUUUCUGCCAAUUCACAUUCUCCCACGGUAAGCACAAGGUUGGAAAACAAUGCUUGAAUUCAUCUCUCUCACCUUCAUCUCGUCACUCCUAAUCUACAUCUUCAUCAUCUUCUUCUUCUUCAAAUCACAUCCAGCAACCAAAAACCCAUGUCCAGAAUCCCACCCUGUAAUCGGAAACGUCCUCAGUUUACUCCGGAACCUCCACCGGUUCCACGACUGGAUCACAGACAUGAUACGCCACACACCAUCCUUGUCCAUUCAAGUCAACUCCUUCCUCAACAUCUCCAAUGGCGUCUGCACUGCAAACCCGGACAACAUCCAGCACAUGCUCACCUCCCCAAACUUCUCCAACUACAUCAAGGGCUCUCGCUUCAGCGACAUCCUUGACGAACUCCUCGGCGACGGCAUCUUCAACGCCGACGGCCAGAUCUGGACCCUUCAGCGCAAGAUUGCCAGUCACGAGUUCUCCACCAACUCUCUCAGGCUAUUUGUCUCGGAAGUCGUGGAUUCUGAAAUCUCCGACAACUUGCUCCCUUUCCUGUCCCGAGCAGAGGAGGAAAACAGGGUACUCGAUCUUCAAUCAGCGUUGAAUAAAUUCGGGUUUAGGAGCAUUUGCAGAGUUGGGUUCGGUGUGGAUCCAGAAUCUUUCACCCGGAAUCUCGACUUCAUGGACGCCUUCGACUACGCCGUGGAGAAUUGCUUCCGGAGGAUCACCUCCCCUGCUCCUCUGUUCUGGAAGCUCAAGAGAUUUCUUAAUCUAGGGUCGGAGAAGCGAUUCCGAGAGUCUGUCAACACGAUCAACGAUUUCGCUCUGGGGGUGAUUGCAUCGAAAGAAGAAAGCGACAACCGGAACCAUCAGGACUUGUUAGCGAGAUUCAUGGUUUGGAGCUCGACCAUGGAGUUCGAGGACGAAAAACAGAGGCGCAAGUUUCUCAGAGACAUCGUGAUAAGCUUUGUACUGGCCGGGAAGGACAGCACUUCAACUGCUCUCACUUGGUUCUUCUGGCUCGUCGCCGGGAACCCACGUGUCGCAAACUCGAUCCACCGCGAACUGUCGUCUCUGCGUGGACAGAGCAGCAGAAGAUUCGGGUACGAGGAGUUGAAGGGGCUAGAUUACCUGCAUGCGGCUCUAUCCGAGUCGAUGCGGCUGUUCCCGCCGGUGCCGCUGAAUUCGAGAUUAGCGGUGGAGGAUGCGGUGUGGCCGGACGGAACCCAGGUGAGGAAAGGGUGGUUUGCCGACUACUCUGCUUACGCGGUUGGAAGGAUGGAGAAAGUGUGGGGGGCGGAUGUCCUGGAGUUUAAGCCGGAGAGAUGGCUGGAUGGUGAGGGAAGAUGCAAGCCGGUGGAUCCGUUCAGGUACCCUGUGUUCCACUGUGGCCCCCGAAUGUGUUUGGGGAAGGAGAUGGCUUAUAUGUAGAUGAAGGCGAUUGUGUCGGCGGUGAUGAUGGACUUCCAAGUGUUGCCCGUCGACGGAGGUGCGAGUCCAGAGAGGAUGAUGAACCCACCUUACGUGUUGUCGCUGCUUCUCAGGAUGAGAGGUGGGUUGCCCGUCGUGAUCAAGAGAAGGAGGACGAGGAACGGUAUUGGUAUGUAGCCAAUUUUUGCAGCAUGUUGGUGGUUUUAUUUGUAGCGCAACCAAACCAAGUAUCGACUAAGGCCACCAGUUACUAUGUUAAGCUAGAGACAACAGAUGAGUUUUAGAGAUGGAAAAACACGACUAACCAUGGAAAAACAGAGUUUUAGAGAUGGGGAGCUAAGGAACUCCUGGGAGCAGCCUGCACAUGUGUUUUUUUACUAUUGAUGACCAUAUUAUUGCUUAAGAAAAAUGCACAAAAAAAUUGUGUACAAAAACAUACAACAUCCAACCAUGAACUCCUUAUGUAUCUCUAGACAUGAGGUUGUGUAUCCAAGGAAGGAGACUAACUCCUGAAUCCCUUCAUGAAGUGUUCCUGCAAUUAUAUCAACUGAACAUGGCUCUAAUGGAGUAAAAUGGUUCAUCAUCUAUAUAUGUAUUCCUUUAAUUUAAAUGCAUUCAACCUUUCCAUUUCUCCUUAUAAGACUAAUCCAAUCUGUUGCAGACAUACCCAAGACCUUCUCAUCCAUGUAGUUCAUCCACACUACAUAGCAGCCACCUAUUUCUCUAUUAAAUUGAAAACAGAAUC